UUAUUGGUCGAUCACUUGCGAGUUUAUAGUUCAGCGCAACACAAUUGCUCAACUCCCGGCGAACAUCUACACUUCCAGCGUUCAAAGCGGGUAUCAUUUGGCUUCACCCGAGGCGGGGAAAUGGCCUCAAGUCUCUUCCCUCUGCUCACUUUGUAUUUGGCCUUCUCCGUCUCUUAUUUACGGAUCAUUGAGGCAGAAGCAGAAACAUUUUCUAGUUUCAAGCUCAAUUCUCAUAUUCUUCAGGAGCCAAUCACUAAGCAGAUUAAUGAAAAUCCAAGGGCAGGAUGGGAGGCUGCCAUGAAUCCUCGCUUCUCCAAUUAUACUGUUGGACAAUUUAAGCACCUUCUUGGAGUCAAACCAUCACCUAAAAAUGAUCUGAGUAGUACUCCUGUUGUUACCCAUUCAAAAUCCUUAAAAUUGCCGAAUGAGUUUGACGCAAGAACAGCUUGGUCUCAGUGUAGCACUGUUGUGAGAAUUCUAGAUCAGGGUCACUGUGGUUCUUGUUGGGCAUUUGGUGCCGUUGAAUCAUUGUCAGAUCGUUUUUGCAUUCACUUUGGCAUGAACAUAUCUCUCUCUAUUAAUGAUCUUCUUGCUUGCUGUGGAUUUUUGUGUGGGUCUGGCUGUAAUGGGGGGUAUCCUCUCUUUGCAUGGCGAUACUUAGUCCAUCAUGGUGUUGUCACUGAAGAGUGUGACCCAUACUUUGACGAUAUUGGUUGUUCUCAUCCUGGUUGCGAGCCUGCAUAUCCUACUCCCAAGUGUGUCAGGAAGUGGAAUCGGAACCAGCUUUGGAGAAAGUCGAAGCAUUAUAGUGUCAAUGCAUACAGGAUCAAUUCAGAUCCCUAUGAUAUUAUGGCAGAAGUCUAUAAGAAUGGGCCGGUUGAGGUUUCGUUCACUGUUUUAUGA